AUGGGGCACGAGUCUCAUGUCGUCUGCCUGAGAAUCCUCAUGUUCAUCAUUAACCCCCGGUCAGUCAAUGAAUUCAGAACAUCUCCAAUUUCGGUAGAAUGUUCCAACCCUGCGGAACUCCGCGAGGACGGAGGAAAGGCCGUGUCGGGCAACACACCAGAAGAUUCCGGUGGUGUCGCCUGCUCGGGCAAUGCAAUUGAAGCAAUUUGGUCGCACUCGGUUGAAUAA